AUGAACGAGAAAGCAGGGACAGGACUCAUUGCCGCCUUCGCUCCACAACUGCCCACCACCAUUGAAGAGGAAGAUCGAACAAAGGAAAUAACCAGAGGUAGGGGUGGCUCUGCAAAAUUUAUAUGCAAUUUUGGUUGCAAAUUGGAGGCAUAUACUGGUUCUUAUUCCCAAGUCCGUGCACACUUAAUAGGCAAAUUACCAGGCCAACGAGCUCAAGGUAUAAAACUAUGUCCAAAGGUUAACAAGACUGAGAGGGAGUGGCUAAAACAAGAGGAGCUAGAUGCACAACGAAUGUUUCUGGGAAAUGCCAAGGCCAGAAAAUUUCCUAGGUCCACUUCAACAUCACAGGUACAAUCUCAAACUGUUAGGUCCUCUGAUAUGCCACACUCAGUCAAAGUUUCAAUUGACAACAUGUUUUACAUAAGAAAUAGAGAAGAAGUGGACCAAACAGUUUCUAGGUGUCUUUAUAGCAAUGGCAUUGCUUUUAAUGUUGUGAGGUCUCCACGGUGGACAGAUAUGGUUACUGCUAUUAAUAAUACUCCGAAAGGGUACAAGUCUCCUAAUUAUGAGAAGGCGAGGACCAACUUGUUGGACAAAGAACAAAGCAAGGAGAAAAAUGCAACAAAUAUUGCUGAUUUGUUGAUUAAAGCAAUUGAAUUUGUUGGACCCUCCAAUGUGGUCCAAGUAGUUACUGACAAUGCCACUAAUUGCAAGGCAGCUGGAGUAAUAAUUCAGCGCAAGUAUUCCCAUAUAAUUUGGUCAGGUUGCUUAGCUCAUACUUUGAAUCUCUUGAUGAAAGACAUAGCCAAAUGUGAGGAUCCAGCUUUGUUAUUUGUUGAUGAAUCAUAUAAGAGGGUCAGACCUGCUUUGUUAUCCAUGGCUCUAAGCAAACAAUGGGAAAAUUUGAGAAAAAAUACAUCAUCUCCUCAUCAGCAUGACAUUGUCCACCAAACCAUUAUGGAUGAUGAUUUUUGGAGAAAAGCAAAAACAGUCCUCACCAUCACAAAACACAUUUAUAAGAUGCUUAGAUUUUCAGAUUCUGAUAAGGUUGUGAUUGAAGAGGUUUAUGAGUUGAUGGAUACUAUGUUAGGGAACAUUAAGGAUACUCUUUCAAAUGAUCCUAUUGUUUAUGAUUUGAUACAUCAAUUUGUGGUGGAAAGAUGGAAUAAGAUGAACAUUCCUUUGCAUUGUCUAGCCUAUAUUCUUGUUCCUAGGUACUACACAAAUUCUUGGUUGUCAAAAUCUACCCCAGGUGGUGUGAGAAGAAAAAAACCUCAUUUUGAUGUUGAGGUGCAAAAGGGGUAUCUUGAGGCAAUUGAAAAAAUGAUUUGUGAUCAAACUGAAGUUGCUAUUAUAAGAAAACAAAUUAGUGAUUUUGUUAGUUGCAAAGGAGUUUUUUCACAACCUCAAGCAGUAAAUGAUAGAGCAACCAUGGAUGCACUAUCAUGGUGGCAUUUGUAUGGUGGGGCCGCACCUGAAUUAUAUUCUUUAGCAUUGAAAGUGUUGUCUCAAAGUGUAAAUACUUCUUGUGCAGAAAGGUGUUGGAGUACCUAUUCCUACAUUCAUAAUGUGAAAAGGAAUAGGUUAAAUGUUGAUCGAGCUGAAAAGUUGGUUUUUGUGCACUAUAAUCAUAGACUCUUGUCAAGGUAUAGGGAGGAUUAUGAAAAUUUUAAAAAUUGGGAUGCACAUCCAGAAGAUGCCAACAUUUAA